CGAGAGAAGAUGGCGAACUCUUCGAUAAAUCGACUUGACAUAUGGUUGCAUAUGCAGCACAAGCAAAGUGAGCAAAGCCAGCAAGGAAAUGUCAUUGAUUAAAUGGACGAAAAAAUGAGUUCUAACAAUUCCUCAACUCAUCGCCGCGCCAAUUUAAAAAUUGCACCUGGUGCAGUAGUGUGUGAAGAGAGUAUUCUAAAAGGUGAUAUUUCCAUUGGCGCAAAAACUAUAAUCCAUCCUAGAGCAUGUAUCUUAGCCGAGGCUGGUCCAAUCAUCAUAGGAGAAGGCAACAUAAUUGAAGAAAUGGCAACUAUAGCUAACAGGUUACCACUCGGCACUUUGGAACCUGCGACAGUACCUGUACAAAUAAUAGGGAACUAUAAUGUUUUUGAAACUGACUGUGUUUGUGAAUCAUAUAAAGUUGGUGAUAAUAACAUCUUAGAAGCAAAAGCGCAAGUUAGUCGAGAAAUUGAAUUAACCAAUGGCUGUGUUAUUGGAGCUGCAUGCGCUUUAUCAGAGCAAGAAACCAUACCAGAAAAUACAAUAGUAUAUGGGAGUCAAUGUCAACGUAGAGAAAUGAACGACAAGCCAUAUCCUCAAAUUGGACAGUUGGAUUUUCUGUUGAAAGUACUCCCAAACUAUCAUCACUUUCGUAAAUCGAAUGUAAAGCCAAAAUCUGGAGGACCUGUGUGAAUUAAAGCAUAUUUACAUUCUUUGCAGUAAUAAAAAUAAGAUUUGCUUAAUUUUAUACUAACUGUACCAUUUAUAUUUAUUUAAAAAACUAUGUUCGCAAUUAUUCAUUUAGAUAUAUACAUUUAUUUAUCAGAUAUACACAUUUAUUUAUAUUACUUAUAAUAAACAUUUUUUGUAUUAUAAAUAUGAAAUAUAAACGAGUUUUAGAGAAAUUAGUUAUUGUAACGAAUGCAUAUUACAUUACAUAAUUAAAAAAUUGCUAAUUUAUUUUUAAAAUUAAUAUAAAAACGAAUUAUAUAAAUCUGAAUAACAAUAUAUCAAUAUCGUACAAAGAUUGCAACGACAGUUACAUUUUGUAAUUUAUACUUGGAUAUUACACUAUGUCCAUUUAAAUUUACUAUAUAGUUAGGAAAUAGAAAUAUGUACAUGUUUAUUUAUUUUUAAUUAUUUUAAUGAUUGUUAUGCUUACAACAUUACUAGUAUUUUUAUAAACAUGUGUUAUAUAUUUAUAAGUUGAGUAAUUUAUAAUUUUUAUAUAAUUAAAAAAUUAAGUCGGCAAUAAACCUUGUGAUUUUAAACAUGUGAAAAAUAAAAUUUAUAAAUAUAUUUGACCAGAUAAUUUAUCGCAA